UAUGCCAGUAGUAUAUAUAUACUAUACAUGCUGCUUCGCACUCAUGGCCAUCAUCCCCUCAGUCGACUUGUUGUAAUCGUCAUAGGUGACAGUGACCUCCUGCGUCUGGUAGAUGGUGGUAUUGUUGGCGCGGCUCUCGCGCAGGAUGCUGCGGCCAUCGCUGCUGUUGUCAUUGUCGUGGUCGUCGUUCUUGGGCGUGUGCUUGAUGACCGUCUUGGACGCGCCCAUGGGAUUCAUGCUGUAGUUGUACGUCGGGUCCUCUUCGUCACCGCCAUCCCUGCCCGUCAGCUUGACGCUGCGCUUGGUGUAUGA